AUACGAGACUGCAAAGCCGUGAUCUGCACUACCACCAGUUCAUUUCAAAUGGCUCAGAUCGUGGGUAUUGACCUCGGAAACCAUGCAGCAGAUAAAUAGUAGAUAGAUUGGGGUGUUGCAACAAAUCGGCUUUGGUGUGAUGUCACUUGGAAUUCAGAAAGAAAUAUGACUGUGGAAUAUUGAGACAUAAAAACGAAAACGAGCGGAAAUUUCUGAAGACGCCAGAUUGGCCAAGUGCAAGUUAUCAACAAGACUCGGAGAUUCGCCUGCUGUCGUACAAACCGUAACUGGAAUACAUUUCGGACAACAUGGCGAAGUUAUUUUUAUUUCUCCUGCUGGUGUUUCUCAUUGCGGAAAGUUUUGUCUGUGCUCAGACGAAGGACCAGACCGGGCAGUCAGCGUCCCAAGCCGCCAAGGGCGCUGAGUCUCCAGCUCUUAAACCUGGAACCACUGAGGACGGACUGAAUUCAAACUACUCUGGUGCUCAAUUAAUGCAACCUCGGCGACCCAGACCCCUCCCGCCGAUGUGUUCUGGUCCUACAGAGAUCAGAGAUACAUUUAAAUAUAUCAACACUGUGGUCUCGUGUCUUGUUUUCGUGGUCGGAAUAAUUGGAAACUCGACCUUACUGAGAAUCAUUUAUAAAAACAAAUGCAUGCGGAACGGACCCAACUUUCUCAUUGCGAGCCUGGCGCUGGGAGAUCUUCUGCACAUAGUGAUUGACAUACCCAUCAAUGUAUACAAGCUACUGGCAGAAGAUUGGCCAUUUGGUGUAGGACUCUGUAAACUGGUGCCGUUCAUACAGAAGACAUCUGUUGGAAUUACAGUGCUGAGCUUGUGUGCACUCAGUAUCGACAGGUAUCGAGCAGUGGCAUCUUGGAAUCGCAUCAAAGGAAUUGGUGUUCCUAAGUGGACGGCAAUAGAAAUAACCUUGAUAUGGGCAGUAUCAAUUAUUCUUGCUGUGCCAGAAGCAAUUGCCUUUGAUAUGAUAGCAAUGGACUAUAAAGGAGAGCAUCUGAGAAUAUGCCUGCUCCACCCAAUGCAGACGACGGGGUUCAUGCAGUUUUACAAGUCAGCGAAGGACUGGUGGCUCUUUAGUUUCUAUUUCUGCAUGCCCCUGCUCUGCACAGCAGUCUUCUACUCCCUCAUGAGCUGUGAGAUGCUGAGGAAGAACAACAAGGCGCAGAAGACUCUGAAUGACCACCUGAAGCAGCGCCGUGAGGUCGCCAAGACUGUGUUCUGCCUGGUGCUCGUGUUCGCCCUUUGCUGGCUGCCGCUGCAUCUGAGCAGAAUCCUCAAAUUAACCAUUUAUGAUGAGAGGGACCCAAACCGGUGUGAGCUACUGAGCUUCUUCCUGGUCCUGGACUACAUUGGCAUCAACAUGGCCUCAGUGAAUUCUUGCAUCAAUCCAAUUGCCCUGUAUAUGGUCAGCAAGCGAUUCAAGAACUGUUUCAGAUCAUGCCUGAGCUGUUGGUGCACAUCCCCGGAAAUGUUGGCUCUGGAGGAGAAGCAGUCUUGUCUAAGGUCAAAGGUCAAUGAGCAGGGCUCAGACCAGAGCAACUCCAGAGCUUCCAAUAAGUACACUUCUGCCUGAAAUGGCCUGGCCUCCAUCUUAGUGUGGACUGCCAGUUGCCAUUGCCUUCCUCACAAGUGUCCAUGCAGCUACAAUGCUGUAGCAUGGAACACACUGAAUAUGCGGUCACAGAGGCAUCCAAUAUCCAGAUAUAAACUGUGCCUUUUUUACAUGUACAUUGAGUUGAGGCUUGAUUGUUGAUGCAAUGGUACUCAAUCAUUCCCCAACUCAGAAAGGUUAAGAUGGACUUUUGUUCCUGAUUGUUGUUUCUUAAUGAAUUAUCAAGAUAGACUUGGGAAAGUGUUUUUGCAAAUAAUUUAUGAUUUUGAAUUAUGGAUGCUACACACUCAGCAGUUGUUUCAAACGCAUCUUCUGAGACUUUGGUGAGCUUUUAAAUACAGAACAUUAAAAACACAAAUGAUUGGUUAUAAGUCUGGAAAACAAUCAAAAUAAAUGUCUUUAUAUUUAGUCAUUCAUUAAUUUCAGUUCAAAUCAUGGUACUGAAGACAACAAUUAACAUCCCCAAUAGGGAUGGUGGAAGUUUGAUUUGGAGUGUGGUAUCCGUGUGACUUGAGGGAAAUUAAAAUAGCAUUCAGUGUAAUGUAACUAAAGUACUUAUACAAUUAAGUAUUUUAGCUUCAUCUGAUGGUCAUAUGUCUGUAGGGUGAGUUCUGUACAGCAGCGUAUGAGAUCAUGUUGGUAAACAGGAAUAGUAGUGUGGCUUACUGAGAACAUUUGUAGGCUUAGCCAUUUCUGUCAUUGAGUUGGUUUGGGGUUGGGAUUCAGUGGAACAUACAGAAGGUAAACCUACCUUUGGGGCUAAAACUGAGAAUGCGGCUGAUCAAAACACCCAACACAAAUUGAACGCAGCACCAGUGUGUUUGUGUUUACAUGUUCAUGCAAUUUAUUUACUGAAAAGGGUAAUUAAUCACUGUCUGUCUUCAGGAUCACAAGUAUUAUUAUUUUCUGUAUGUUACCAUCAGUCAGGAACAGAUUCGGAAUGUAAGCACUGAAAUAUAUGAUUAAAUAUACGUAUUAUAUUUUUCAGAACAAUAUUUCUUUUUCGGUCAGAAAAUUGAUCGUCUAGAAAGGAAUCAACUACUGUUUUUUUGUACUCCUGUGCCUUGGACACUUCCAUAUACACUUAGUGAUCACUUUAUUAGGUAGACCUGUAAUGCAAAUAUUUAAUCAGCCAAUCAUGUAGCAGCAGCUAAAUGCAAAAAAGCAUGCAGACGUAGUCAAGAGGUUCAGCCAUUUUUUCAGACCAAAUGUCAGAAUGGGGAAUAAAUGGUAUGCAAAACAGCAUCUCUGACCACACAAUAUAGGCUACAGCAGCAGGACUCUUAAGCAAAAAAAUAUAUAAAAAAAUUAAAAAGGAAUAAUAAUAUACCUAAUAAAGUGCUCACUUAGUGCACAUUACAGAAGGUUAGCUUAUCAAAUUAUAUUAUUGUAUUUCUGGUAAUUAAAUAUAAAGUCUUGGAUGGUUGUUUUCACUUCUCAUUUUUAAUCCGACAUUUUUCAAGUGGUUAUAUUAUGCCUACAACAAGCAUUUUUUGUGUGCUAAAGUAUAGGAGCAUAUCAAUAUUACAGCUGUCAUGACCUUUUGUCAUUUCAGAAUUUAAGAGUGUGUUGACACUGUAUGAUAUAUUGAUAAAAUGCUUUGAUAAAAUGUAAAGGCAUUGGUUUGUUUUUCUCCUGAAUAUGUCAUUUAAUUUUAUUACAUUAGUUUUUUAAAUGUCAUAAAACAUUUGGUAUUGUUGUAUUAGCAUUGGAAUGUUAGUGUUGUAAAUAUUGUUUAUACUGUAGUUCUAAAAUGAAAUUUUUUGUAUGAAGUCAAACCCACAGUGAUAAUUCCUUUCUAUUCUCUUCUAAUUCAAUGCAAUGCAAUACUGAAAGAAUGUAUUGUUUCUUCAUAUAUGUACACAUUUUGUCAAAAGUAAAAAAUAAGAAUUCAUAUUGAAGUAAGGGAUAGACAUUCCAAGUCAUCCUAUAGGAAUUGUGGAAUCUGUUGAGCAUGUAUCCCCCUCACGUCACAAUAAAAACACUUCUAUACAGUA